GUUUUGGAAGAGGAGGCCGCAGUGAGGUUCUGGUAGUCUCUAGGGACAGGAGGGCCGAAUGGGGCAUAUGGAUGAGACACCAAGGAUUCCGUGCUCAGGUGCCCCCAGCGCUGGGCCGGUAAGUACGGAGCUUCAGUCCGCGAGGAGUGCUAAGGCGGGCGGGGCAGUGCGUGGGGGAUUCUCCCGGGAGACCCGCAGCCCUCCAGUCCCCUCCCGUUCCGGCAGCAGCUUUCUGCUCUGGCUUCCAAAUUCUCCCCUUUUGUCCCACCACCACCCAAACCCCAAGUCCAGAUCGGGGCUAGUGACCUCGGGGCCUUUCAGUCCACCUCGCCCUAGCCUUUGCCAGGGAAGAGCCCUGUCCCAGACACCCAGCCUGGAAGCCGCCAGUCACCUCUGACUCCCCGCCCCCAUGCGGUUGGGGCCCAAGCCUCACCGUGGUUCCUCAGAUAUAGCACUGGUCCCCCGUGUCACUGCCAACCCAGUCCAGGGCUCAGGCCCUGCCCCAAAGCUCCAGAGAGUCUGAAAGACUCCAGCUGCCCCUCUUCCUUGCCACCGCCAUCCGCCCUAUGGCCUGCGCCUUCUGUCUCGCGGAACUCCUCUGCGCUGAUCCCUGAUUUUGCCAGGCUCUUCUCUUUAGGCCGCUCCUGGGUCUCCAGCACAAUGAAGGCGCACAGUGGCGCUCCCUGAAUACUUGGCUCUUCAUGACUGUCCUUACUGCUAUUCCCUCACUGUGUCUCUUCUUUCUUCUCCCCGCCCCCCUCGCACGCAUCCAAGUUCUCUGCCCUCCGCUUAAUAGAGUGCCUCCUGACUGCGAGGCCCUGCACUCGGCCCUGGGAUGCGUUUGCUGAGUCCUUGUUCUCCAGGCGCACAGGGUACAUACAUAAAGGGCUUCCCGAGAGAGUGUGAGAAGCUCCAUCCAGCAGGUGGAACCAAGUGCCAGGCAUGCUCUUCUUUGGCUACUCCAUUUUCUUGUCUUCCCUGACUUCUCCGAGACCAGGGCCUCUGGAUCGAGUCCCUUCUUCCUCUCUCUCCCUGGUUCCUUCUUUUCUUUUUCCCUCUCUCCUGCCUCCUCCUCAGCUGCUCCAGCCUUGGGCCUCUACGGGGUCAUCUUCCAUGCUCCAUUGGGGCCCCCUCUUGGGCCCGGGUUUCCUCCAUAGGCUCGUCAUCCCCUCCCCCAUCUGGGGUCCCUCUGGCGGGCCCAGGUCUCUCUCCCACACCAGGGAACCUGCCCUUUUGAGGAGUGGAAUGUACUGUCCCUCCCGCUGGGGCCUCGGGCAUGCCAAAUCAGCCAGCGUGCUCCAGUGACAGGGAGCUAGCAAGAGGCCAGUCCCAGGAGGCAGGGGAGGGCGCCAAGGCCGGAGAAGUGGAGAGGUGCCCACGAGAGAGGACCCGCGGAGGUGGGCCACGGGGAUAAGGAGGGCGGGCGGGCGCACCCCUGCCUUCGGAAGUUCUCUCCUCUGCGCCCUAUUGGCCGCCUUGUCCCGGGCUGAAUGAGGGUCAAGGAGAAAUCAGGGGGCGGGACAGAGUGACUGGAGGCCGCUCCCCGUCACCCGCCCCUCCAUUUCGCUCCAUAGAGCUGAGAACCUUCAUCUCCAGCCCCUCCUCUGGUACUAGAAGGGGUGGGUGGUCUGAGUCUCUGGUCUUGCUGAGCGUCUAGGGCUGGGUCGGAGAGAGGAGGCGUGGGUUCCGUCUGUACUAGGUACCCGAAGGUGGUGAGCUUGGCUCCACGAAUUACAGCCCACAGCACCCAAGGCUUGGAAACCCCAGGGCAGAAGCAGCGUCUCAAGACCUCUAGCCUCGGACCCCACAUGCCACAGCUCAGCUCAGUUGCCGGGCUGCAGUGCGGCUCCCCCCACGGGCCCCCUUUCUAAGCUGUACUGUGGAGCGGCAGGUGCCGCAGGCCUCCCCAGUACCUCGGCCGCAGCUGCACUCCCGGGCCAUGGGGGGAGGGAGACACGACAGUGGGGCAUCGAGACUCCAGCGGCCAAGGCGCACCCAUCUAAGCACCUUGGGAUCUCGGUGGAAAGGAAGGGGGGUAACGGGGGCCGGGAGGAGAACUGCAGAGCUCGGCCGCUGAGCAGAGUAUGGGAGGGGGGAGGGGCGGGGGCUCCCUUCCAGCCUUCGGGGUCUGGGGACUUAGGGAUGUAAAGGAGAGCAGGGGGGUGUGACAAUUCAGCAGAGGUCGGGACGUACCACGGAGCCAAGUGGCGGGGGGGCAGAGGACGUGGUCACCGAGGGGAGCCCCCGCCCCCCUUCGUAGAAGCCUAUGGCUGGGGUUGCAGGAAGAACUGGAACUGGGCUGGCCAUAGGGGGAAGCGGCGCGUUAAAUCCGCCCCCUCUCCAUACCCUACUUUCAAGGGGUGGGCGGUAGAGGGGAGGUUGGGGUUGGAGCAGCGGCGAGGGGGCCCCUCCCUUGCACCUCCCCCCACCGGACUUGGUCGCGCCCGAAGUGUAACACUUUCUCUUUGUCGGAGGAGCUCCUCUGUUUCCUGUGCAGUAGCUCCCGUUGCGGCGGCACCCGUGGCAGCCCUGGCGGACGCAGGAGCGAUGGCAGCGACCGAUAUAGCUCGCCAGGUGGGUGAAGGUUGCCGAACUGUCCCCCUGGCUGGACAUGUGGGGUUUGACAGCUUGCCUGACCAGCUGGUGAAUAAGUCCGUCAGCCAGGGCUUCUGCUUCAACAUCCUGUGCGUGGGAGAGACAGGUUUGGGCAAGUCCACCCUCAUGGACACCCUGUUCAACACCAAGUUCGAAGGGGAGCCAGCCACCCACACACAGCCAGGUGUCCAGCUCCAGUCUAAUACCUAUGACCUCCAAGAGAGCAACGUGAGGCUAAAGCUCACGAUCGUUAGCACAGUUGGCUUUGGGGACCAGAUCAACAAAGAGGACAGCUACAAGCCCAUCGUGGAAUUCAUCGAUGCACAAUUCGAGGCCUACCUGCAGGAAGAGCUAAAGAUCCGAAGAGUGCUACACACCUACCAUGACUCCCGAAUCCAUGUCUGCUUGUAUUUCAUUGCCCCCACGGGUCAUUCCCUGAAGUCUCUGGACCUAGUGACUAUGAAGAAGCUGGACAGUAAGGUGAACAUCAUCCCCAUCAUUGCCAAAGCAGAUGCCAUUUCGAAGAGUGAGCUAACAAAGUUCAAAAUCAAAAUCACCAGCGAGCUUGUCAGCAACGGAGUCCAGAUCUAUCAGUUUCCUACAGAUGAUGAGUCGGUGGCAGAGAUCAAUGGAACCAUGAACGCCCACCUGCCGUUUGCUGUCAUUGGCAGCACAGAAGAACUGAAGAUAGGCAACAAGGUGAUGAGGGCGCGGCAGUAUCCUUGGGGCACUGUGCAGGUUGAAAACGAGGCCCACUGCGACUUUGUGAAGCUGCGGGAGAUGCUGAUUCGGGUCAACAUGGAGGAUCUGCGGGAGCAGACCCACACCCGGCACUAUGAGCUGUAUCGCCGCUGUAAGCUGGAGGAGAUGGGCUUCAAGGACACCGACCCUGACAGCAAACCCUUCAGUUUACAGGAGACAUAUGAGGCCAAAAGGAACGAGUUCCUAGGGGAACUCCAGAAAAAAGAAGAGGAGAUGAGACAGAUGUUCGUCCAGCGAGUCAAAGAGAAAGAAGCGGAGCUCAAAGAGGCAGAGAAAGAGCUGCACGAGAAGUUUGACCGUCUGAAGAAACUGCACCAGGACGAGAAGAAGAAACUGGAGGAUAAGAAGAAAUCCCUGGAUGAUGAAGUGAAUGCUUUCAAGCAAAGAAAGACGGCGGCUGAGCUGCUCCAGUCCCAGGGCUCCCAGGCUGGAGGCUCACAGACUCUGAAGAGAGACAAAGAGAAGAAAAAUUAACUCUGCUGUUUGCUGCAUGCUGCAUGAGACCCAGGGUCCUGUAAUCCAUGGCUGUGUACUGAAUAGUAUUCCCCGCUACAGCUGGACUGGACUCCAUUUAGCCUUUUAAGCCGAGGUUCCUAUUUUAACUGACAGCUUUCCUUUGGGGUGCCAGGCAGCCAGGCCCCCCACCCCUAUCCUGCCAUGUACUUCAAGCUCACUUCUUUUUGAGUUCCGCAACUUGCUCCUGCCUCCCAGCCCCACUGGCACUGACCAUGACCACCUACUUCUAUUUUUUUUUUAGAGUUUCUUUUUUUUGAUCACUUACUUUCAAAGCACACAGUCAAACAAGGUUAUGCCAAAUUUCCAGGCCUUUUUGAAGUAUUGAGAAGGGGAAGGGGAUUUCUCACUUCAAUUAUAGAUCAUAAUAGGAAGCAAAAAGAAAAAAAUGAAAAGCAAACAUAUGCACGUACUUUUCUUGUUGACAAAGCAAGAAUGUAGGUUUGCUGUGUAGGUUUGGUGCUCUAUUGAUUGGUGAGUGACCAGAGCAAGUAUGAAGGUGAUGCUGCCAAAGCACAAGCCAGUUUCUUGGGAAAAUUCAAGUUACAGUGGAGUAUUUUUUUGAAGACCAUAUGCUUGGAGGUAGAAACAAACCAACGACCAAAAAAAAAAAAAAAAAAAAAAUCUGCUCAGAUACUCAGCCAGUAGCUCAGAGAGAUGCUGAGUUAGGCCUGUCAGGUCUCCUUGGGAAAGGCUUCAUAUUUGCAACUUUGAUGAUUCUAUGUCCAGCUUCAGAGCUGCUUUCCCAGAAAUUCACGCUUAAACAACCAACCGGUAACCACCACUUCCCCACACCGCCGCCGGGUAAUUAUUUGCAUUACAAACCGGAGGCGCCCUCAUUUGCAUUUGUGUACAGAUUAACUAGUUAAGGCUUGAGAAGCUCUGAAUAAUUCAAAAGUAUUAGACCCACACAGCCUUGGAGAGACCUUCAGAAACUAAGGAGGAGUUUUAUAUUAAGGGAGACAUUUUAGUCAGUAAGACGAUAUAACCUACUUACUCCGUAAGGGGAAAUGAAGGCCCAGAGAAGGGAAGGGACUUGAUCGAGGUCUCACUUCUGUUUCGAGGCAGAAGCCAGACUAAUUUUCAUGCCUCCUGACUCCCAAUCAGUUUCACAAAGGGAUUCAAUCUGUUUAUAUACGUUACAUUCCUGGAUACGAGGUCUUUUGAUGUUCAGAGUAACUGACUAGUUAGUAUUAGAAGACCCUCGAGGUUUUUUUCCACAGAAAAACAUCUGAAGAUGGAUUGGGUGAGGGCUGGCAAAACGAAGGCAUGCCAGGCCAGCUCCUUAACCCAAUGACCCAGUGAUGCUGCAAGGCUGGAAUGGGGUCCAGGAGACUGUGUGUAACAGGUGCCCUAGGUGACCCUUAUAAUCAGGGAAGUUUGGUGAACAAAAAUCGAACCCAUGAGUGAACAUAAAUUAAAAAGUUGAUCAACCUAUUAAAAUGUGUAUUUCAUUGGGUAGCUUUUCUCACUGUAGACAGAUUUUUUCCUUCUUCAAUGAAAAGGCUUUUAAAUUAGUACAACUGUUACUAUUUAAAAAAAAAAAUACCCUAAGUACUCUGUUUACUUCUGGUGAAACAAAACCAGUCAUUAGAAAUGGUCUGUGCUUUUAUUUUCCCAGACUGGAGUGGCUUUUCUGAAACACACACACACACGUACACACACACACACACACACACGUACACACAUCCCUCACUUCUCUUAAGCCAAGAAGUUUGCUUUCCCUAGCUGCAGUGUAGAUGGCUCUUGUUUUUGUUUUUUUGUUUUAAUCAUUUGGCAUUCACAUGUGGCUGUUAAUAUGUGCUUGUUUUUAAUUAAAACAAGAAGCUUUAAA